AUGCUCAUUAAUUUUAAAGGCUACAUCGGGGAUGUGUGCGAGGUGAAUGCUAACGACUGUGAGGAUGUGAUCUGUCCCAAUGGAGGUAGCUGCAUCGAUGAAAUAAAUGGCUACACAUGUCUGUGCCCUACUGGAUUCCAAGGCCCUAAUUGCACAGAGCUCCUGACGUCAACAAUGGCCCUCCCUUUUUCUACACCAUUAGACGUCUCAGGGCUGAUGGAGCCUCAAAUUUCCCCUGCUCAAUUUUCUACCCCCAUUUCCCCGACGAACGCAACCUCCUCAUCUUUUUCUACAAGUGGCACCAUUAGCUCCUCUCCGUUACUAGCGCCAGAUGACUGCCGGUCGGCUCAAUUAGGAUGUCACAAUGGAGGCAACUGUCGAUCCAUACACGAACUUCACUCAACUUCAGAUCCUCGCCUCAGGAGACAGAAGCAGACUUUUGAGGAACCGGAGGGACUUUAUCGAUGCUAUUGUCGGACAGGAUAUUCGGGAGAGUAUUGUGAGAAGGGAGUAAGUUGA